UCACAUAUCCCCCCGCCGCCAAACAACUCUUUCUUCUUCCUACCAAGUCUGCUUCUCCCUUGCAUUCCAACAACAACAAACAAGAGCUUUUUCUUUUCAAUUGUCAUCUUUGUUCAGUUGUUUCUGCUUGAUAAUGGCAACUAGGUUUCAGUUUGAAAAUUCAUGUGAAGUUGGAGUCUUUUCCAAGCUGACCAAUGCUUACUGCUUGGUUGCAAUUGGAGGGUCAGAAAACUUCUAUAGUGCUUUUGAGUCGGAGCUGGCUGAUGUUAUUCCAGUUGUUAAGACCUCUAUUGCUGGCACUAGAAUAAUAGGACGGCUGUGUGCUGGAAAUAAGAAUGGGCUACUUGUCCCCCACAAUACCACAGAUCAAGAACUUCAACACUUGCGGAAUAGUCUACCGGAUCAAGUUGUUGUUCAGCGCAUAGAGGAGAAACUGUCUGCUCUUGGGAACUGUAUCGCUUGCAAUGAUCAUGUUGCUUUGACACACACUGAUCUAGAUAAGGAAACUGAGGAGAUAAUUGCAGAUGUUCUUGGUGUAGAAGUUUUCAGGCAGACGAUUGCCGGUAAUAUUCUUGUAGGGAGCUACUGUGCCUUAUCCAACAGAGGUGGCUUGGUCCAUCCUCAUACAUCCAUUGAGGACUUGGAUGAGCUCUCGACGCUUCUUCAAGUUCCACUGGUGGCUGGUACCAUCAACCGCGGGAGCGAAGUGAUAGCUGCUGGGAUGACCGUAAAUGACUGGACGGCCUUUUGCGGGUCGGACACCACUGCAACGGAACUAUCUGUGAUAGAGAGUGUGUUCAAGCUGAGAGAAGCUCAGCCUACUGCCAUUGUUGAGGAGAUGAGGAAGUCAUUGAUUGAUAGUUAUGUUUAGUGUUUUUUUGGAUGUCUGGGUUUUGCUUUUAUGUCAUUGCUAUAGUACAAUGUUUAAUGUGAUCAUAUUACAAGUUCUGAAACAUAAGGGGCCUUUUGUGUGAUGUUUAAUAUUAAGUUUAUAAAACAAGGAAAUGUAUAUUGUGAAUUCUUUUGAGAUGAAUGAUUUUGAUGAAGUCAAGUAUUGGU